CAUGCUGCAACGUUGAGUUUCAUCAUCAAUGUUCACGUAGGUCCCACCAGAACGCUUACUUCCUGUUGAAAGUUCCGCUAUCCUAAUGUCGUCGACUGACUUUGCUGGGGAAAAGUUUCUACAAGCGGUUCUGCCGAACUACGAGCAAGAGCGGUUUAGACUCACUCUGUGGAUGGUCGCAGCCGCAUUCGCAUGGAUCUUUGUUAUGCCUACCCUCUUGGCUUCUCCCGCACCGGAAGCGGCGAAAAAGAUCAUCGUGCUCAAAAAGACUCGUAGAGACGGCACUGUCGCGGUGGAAACACGGACUGUAGGAGAAGGAAGCGAUCCCUUGCAAGGAAAGACUAGGAAGCGGUUGCGAGCGACUUGGACGUCGGCCAUCGGAUGCAUUUUAACUCUCUUUCUGAUGCUCAUGAAGCUGUCUCCCAACAACUACUACACAUCCAGAAUGGUCUUUCAAUCUCCGGUCUUCACAAAAGAGGAAUGUCAAUAUAUUAUUGACAUGUCACAGCGUGCCGCCCAGCGCUCCUACGAGUCGGCACUCAUUGCUCCACCGAUUCCUGUUAGCGAGUCGUCCCCAAUACUGGAACGUCAUUCGAACCGUUCGCUAGAAGGACUUCUGCAGGAGCCGAUCGGUUGGCAAAAAACACGGCACUACAAUUACCCCACUACGGAUCUGAAUAUCGUCACCGACCACUUCACUGUUGAGGACCGCACUUACCUACAAAAUUUGUUGGACAGGAGGUUGGCCCCGCAACUGGCCCGUAUCUUUGGUAUCCCGGUCACAUCCAUCCGCGCCAACGACAUGUUCGUGGUGCGUUACGACGCUGGAAAGCGAGCGCAUUUGACCAACCACACAGAUGACGGUGACAUUUCCAUUAACAUUCUCUUAAAUGACGAAUUUCGAGGAGGUGGAACUCGAUUCUGGAAUCGCAUCCUCAAAACACCCUUUGCCCACGUGCAGCCGACGCGAGUAGGCCAGCUUCUUACGCACUCGGCACUUAUCAAUCACGAAGGCUACCACAUUUCACAGGGGCUUCGUAUGAUUCUCGUUGGAUUCUUGUCGAUUGAUCGGAUGGAUCCCUGGACAUACCAACCGACUGGAAUGAGUGUGUUUAGUUCCUGGUUAAGUCUACCGUGGAUGAAUGUCAAAUUCAAGGAAGGCUACCAGCUGAGUAUGAGUCGUCAAUCAAAGGCAGCGGCUAAACGAGCAGAAGCAGGGGAACCGCCUGUACAAUCCUGGAAGGACCAUCCGUAUGUUAAAGCGUUAUUUUUGGACAUGCGCAACCUAUUAAUGCAGACAGGCGAUGUUUUGGCAACGCACGGGGUAGUCAACUUGGUCCACGAAAGCAACGCGACUGCCUAUUUGCGAGCACUAGACGACCACGCGGACGCCCAGCAAGCAAAAUUGGCAGGUAACGGCAAAAAAAGCCAUUCCCAGCAGAAGGCGUCCUGGUUUCGGGGGCAAGGACUCAAUAUCGACGUUGACGGUACAAUUGAUUCUAUGUGGGCAUCUCGAAGUCAAAACUUGAAUCGAUACAUGGAAUUGUAAGUGGAUUUGUUUGCAGACGGUACACUAAGCGAAUGAGAUAAGUGGUUUCGUCGUGAGCUGUAAUUUAAGCACAAGUAAAUUUGCUACAAAGAGGGCGGUUGACAAUCCUGAGGGGCGAUCCUCAAGUUCUUGAGACGUAGCAAUUAAGUGUCGACAACCGACUUUCACGGCGGUCCAUUUGUUUUCUGCACGGUUUUCAUCCCACCGCACAAGAUAGGGUACCCUUUCCAAAUUCAGCAAAAUCUCAAGUUAACGAUGUCCAUUUGCACUUGUCACUGCGCCCUUUACUUCUCGGGGCAAUGCUUCUCACUGGCAAUCUACCACGCCAAGAAGCAUAGACUGACCAGAGGACCACUCUUAGUCAAUGCAAGUCUCGUUCGUCGGACAAGAAGGAUCCAAAAGUACGUAAUCCUGUCGAUCGCGACUGAUAGUGACAAAUUGGCAAAACACGCUCCACCAUAAGUAGGGCAAACCCGACACCUCGUCACUGCAGCAUGCCGAAAGGGGGACAAGAAGUGGCAACGUUUUGGAAAUAUUGCUAAAGUCGUCUUAACAAGGUUGAGGCAGAAGCUGACCAAACUUUCAUUACGCACAGAUAGGUUUGGAUUGGAAACUCCUUCGGGUGUCAAAAAAAAACAGUGAUUUUUGGCUGUGAAAGCCGUCUUCCUACGAUGGCAUUCGUUUCGAAUCU